GGGGCCAAGACGGUGCGAGAGGCGAUACCUGUCGCCGACUAUCACAUGCGCAGUGAAGACGAAACCGAAGAUGCCAUGGACGAGAGCAAGAACAGCAUGGAUGAGAGUCAAGCCACAGAGUCUGAUGGAAGCGACGAAGAAGUCGAGCCUUCGGUACAAGAAGACAUCAACCGUUUCGAACAGUCCUUCAAGAACAUUUCAACUCGCUUCCGCCUGAUCAAUCGCAUCGGAGAAGGCACCUUCUCGACCGUCUACAAAGCCGAAGAUCUCCUCUACGACAAGUUCAAGAACGACUGGAACAAAGUCACCUUCUCACCAGAAGCAAAAGCAUCUCGAGACCGGCCACGAGCCCGGUAUGUCGCCAUCAAGAAAAUCUACGUCACAUCAUCGCCUAUGCGCAUCUUCAACGAACUCGAACUGCUGCACGACCUGCGAGACUCGGCGAAUGUCUGUCCACUCAUCACCGCGUUCCGCCACCAAGAUCAAGUCGUAGCCGUUCUGCCAUACUUCCAACAUCGCGACUUCCGGGACUACUUCCGUGACAUGACCGUCAACGACAUGCGUGUCUAUUUUAAGCAACUCUUCACCGCUGUGCAAGCCGUCCAUGAGCACCAGAUCAUCCACCGCGAUAUCAAACCCACAAACUUCCUCUACUCGCCCACUACGCAGAAGGGUGUCCUCGUCGAUUUUGGUCUGGCAGAAAGAGAAGGAACAGACUGGCAUCACUGCAAUUGCCAGUAUUCAUCAGAAGAUCGCCGCUACCGUGUGCAAAACUCUCUCUACUCAUCCAUCCGUACACAAUACCGCGAUGCUGGCCAACUACCGCCACCUCCCGCAUAUCCCAAAGAAGACUCUCGAAACUCUCGCAGAGCGAACCGUGCAGGCACCAGAGGUUUCCGCGCCCCCGAAGUCCUGCUCAAGUGCACAUCGCAGGCUUGUAUAAUCGACAUCUGGAGUUGUGGCAUCAUCCUCCUUACUCUUCUCAGUCGCCGCUUCCCCUUCUUCCACUCUGCCGAUGACAUUGAUGCUUUCAUAGAGUUGUGCAGCAUUUUUGGCAAGCGUCGCAUGAAUGAAGCUGCUCUCCUACACGGCCAAGUCCUCCAAACAAACAUUCCUACGAUCAGCGAAAAUGGCCACAGCUGGGAGAAGAUUCUGCUGUGGUGCACGGAACGUCGCAAGACCGACUUGCCCCUGACGGAUGAGGAGAAGGAAGCCGUACAGUUCAUGUCCCUCUGUCUCGAGCUCGAUCCUUCAAAGCGCAUAUCAGCCGAAGAAGCACUCGAGCAUCCCUUCUUAAAUAUUGACACUUCUGAAGCCUAUCCUGACAGGAAUGAAGAUGAUUGAUCACAACCAAGCGUUCCUUCAAUUAUCGAUUGGCGGCUAUGAAGAGAAUAAUUCUGUCUGAAAAAAAGCAAUGAUACCACGACAUGGGAGUCACAGAACGGAAAAAUAGCAUCAUCCUGGAGUUUUGGGUUCUUCUUCCACCUGUACAUAUUUUUGUUACCAUCACGAUGUUAUUUGUUAUUCAAAAACAUUUUGUCACCUGCGACCGUGACUAGACAUUUAAAGUACAGGUCCACCACUGCUUCUUGCUACCUGAGACAAUCUUGAAGUUUUGCAAAAAGCAUUCCCAAGCUCGUUGUACUCUUAAUCUCUCCAGGCACCCCAGAGUCGUGUCUACUUGCUUGCAGGUGAUCACAAAGUCUGUAUUUGUUGAACUGAGAAGAACAAUUGCAAACUUAGUAGAAGUUCCAGAAAAGCAUGAAAGG